AUGAACUGGUCGACUCGGCUGGCGCUGUUCGCGUCUCUAUCCCUACUGGUCGCCCCCGCCGUUGCUCAGAGCGGCUCAGGCGCCGUCACGUGUCUGGUGUCCCAGUACUUGAACACGGACACGAGCGAAUGUGUCAACUAUGAGAAUCAGGGCGUGAAGGCCAGCACGGACUUCGACACCGCCGUCGACUCGGGUAACACAGCCUGGAUGCUUGCAUCUGGCGCGCUCGUCAUGAUCAUGACGCCCGGUGUGGCCUUCUUCUACGCCGGUCUCGCUGGCGAGGACAUGGCGUCCAAUACCAUGAUGAUGUCCUUCGUCAGCAUGGCUCUGGUGUCCAUCCAGUUUUGGGCUUUCGGCUAUUCGGCCGCCUUCAGCUCGCACGGCAUCUUCGGCUGGGCCGGCUACAACAACGUCCGCGAGGUCCCUAGCGGCACCUACGGCACGGGCAUCCCGCACAUCUUGUUCGCCUUCUUCCAGACCCAGUUCGCCACCCUGACGCCGGCUCUGCUGAGCGGAGGCAUCGUGGGUCGCAUGAAAUUCGGUUCGUACUUGCUCUUCAUCCUUCUGUGGACGUCACUCGUGUACGACCCCUUGGCUCGCUGGAUGUGGUCGAUGAAGCUUGACGGCUCGUGGGAGAUCACCGCCAUGGGCUGGGAAGGCAAGAUGGGAUCCCUCGACUUCGCCGGCGGCACUGUGAUCCACAUUUCCAGUGGAUUCGGAGCCCUCGCUGCCGCUCUGAUGGUUGGCAAGAGAUACAACCACGGAGACCCCGUCAAGCCGCACAAUGUGCCACUGGUUAUGAUUGGCGCCACGUUGCUGUGGUUCGGCUGGUUCGGCUUCAACGGCGGCUCGUCGGGUGCGGCCGAUGGAAUUGCUGCUACUGCUGCGAUUAACACCCACCUUGGUGCUAGUGCGGGCUUCCUCACUUGGGUCGGGCUGGAGUUUGCCAUGUACAAGAAAUUCGACCCCUGUGGAGCUGCUAGUGGGGCCGUUUCCGGUUUGGUCGCCAUCACUCCGGCCUGUGGGUACGUGUACCCUUGGGCAUCGGUUAUCUUCGGCGUGGUGGGAGCAAUUACAGGCUUUGGCGCCGUGCACAUGAAGAACCACCUGCGCUAUGAUGACACGCUGGACUCGUUCGGCAUCCACGGCUGUGCCGGUGUCAUGGGCGGUCUCAUGACUGGUCUGUUUGCGACGUCCGAGGUGAACCCAAACAUCGAAGGUGGAGCGUUCUACGGCCACGGAAUGCUGUUCGUGCACCAGUUGGUCUCGCAGUGCGUGGCUGCGGCCUACUCGUUCGUGGUGACCAUCAUCAUUCUCUAUGUGUUGAAACUCACGAUCGGCCUCCGUGUUGAUGAGGACAAGGAGGUGAACGGCAUUGACGUGUCGUACCACGGUGGUCUCGCCUACGACUACAGUGCCCAGGACCACAACGGCCCCACUGUGAAGGCUGCCAACCCACCUUCGAGCGAUUUUGCUUCGAUGAUGACACCGAACGUCACAGAGGAAAGCGUGCAGAAGGAGCCCAUUAUGAAUGUUUAA